AUGUCUGGCGUCAAGCUUAAAGUCGCCGUAUGCGGUGGGGGCGUAGGUGGACUAGCAUUUGCCAUUGCGGCGUCCAAAUACUCAAACAUUGCGGUUGAGGUGUAUGAAGCCACUUCUGGUUUCUCAUCAUUUGGUGCUGGGAUUGGACUUUGGCCUAGGGCAUGGGAUGUCUUGACUACACUAGGCCUGGGCGACCAUUUGAUGAAGAUCGCAUCAUCGCCACCAACUACUGAUAUCACUCAUUCGUUUACGUUUCGAAAGAGCGACCAACCGACCGGAUCUGACUUUUACAAGAUGUACAGUAAAGGGCAUAUCAUGACGUUCCAUCGAGGCCAACUUCAACAAUCCUUCCUCCAAUAUUUACCACCCUUAUGUCUAGUACAUUAUUCUAAGCGUCUCCAGUCGUACUCCCGGCAGCCAUCUGGUGAAAUACAGCUCGUGUUCCGCGAUGGAGGACACGCGACCUGCGACGUACUAGUGGGUGCCGACGGCAUACAUUCAGCAGUUCGCGCGCAAUUAAUGCAGGACGAAGCCCAGAUCGCGUUGCGCAGUGGACGACCAGAUGCCGCCGAGGAGAUCUUGACAGCUAUUGAACCCAUUUGGACAGGAUCAAUCGCAGUACAGGGAGCUAGCGCCCUACGGAUUCCUCUUCACCCGACGCAGUAUCUCGGCAGGAAUAUCAAUAUUAUGGUGUAUCCGGUGUCGCAGGAAGAUGCACGGUGUACGAAGGGUCCGUGGACAGCGCAAGUCGAUGAGGCUAGUUGGCUUGAGGAAAUGUCAUUCGACGAAUGGGAACCAGAAGCAAAGGGUUGGUCAAAGUGCGUUGAAAGACCAACGAAAUGGGCUAUCCAUGCUGUCAAACCAUUACAUACCUACGUUAAUGACCGUGUCGUUCUCUUGGGUGACGCUUGUCACGCAAUGGAUCCACACCAAGGCGCUGGCGCCGGGUUAGCCAUCGAGGAUGCAUACGUGCUUGCUGAAUUGCUCAGUCAUCCCCGCAUUACUAAAUCAGCAAUCCAUCAUGCCCUUGAAGUGUACGAUAGCAUGAGGCGACCGUUCGCAGAAGAGAUUGCUCGUCGGUCGCUGGAAAACUCCAAAUGGCUUUCCCUGCAUUACGACAAUUUCGACUUCAGUGGCAGCGACGAUGUGGAUAUAGAGAGAAAGUUACGUGAAAUGGGGGAUAGGAUCGUGGAGAAGUGGAUGUGGGCUUGGUCGAGUACCGUUCAUGAGUCUUUGGAGCAGGGGAAGCGCGAGCUGGAUAAAUUCAUCGACAAUAUGCCAGACUGCCCGAGAUAUCGAUGCAGGAUUUAA